AUGUGGGCUGCUACGUGGUGUUGUAUCGUCUUCCUUGCGAUCGUCAACGAUGCUGUCGAAGCAGCGGAGUCCUUUGGAUGUAGAAACUCGUUGAUUUCGGAUGAAUGGAGGGAGAUGGUUUUGAAUUUCCAUAACAAUAAGCGCAGAACUGUGUCAGUUGGAGACCAAGUGUCCAAAAACAAUCAAAAAUUGCCUGCUGCCAAGAAAAUGAAUAAGCUGACAUGGGACUGCAACUUGGAACGCGAAGCAACCGAUGGUGCGGCCAAGUGCGCAUCUUAUACUAAGGCUGGUCAUGGAAUCAACGAAAAAGUCUUUGCUGCUGGUAAUACCUGUAAUAUUGAAACAAAAACCCGGGAAGUGCUAAAUGAAUGGUGGGACGAAAUAACAACAAGAGAAUUGGUUGAUCAGAAGUAUCUCGAUAACUCAGGUCUCGGUGAUUUUGCAAACAUGGCCUACUGGGAAACGAACGCCUUUGCGUGCAGUACCGCAAAAUGUUCCGAUGGAAUAAGACUUCUCUGCAUAUACAACAAACUUGGUAAGGAGAACGAUAAGGUGCUGUAUGAGAAGGAGGCCAACGCCAACGAUGCGUGCAAUGACUGUCCUGCGGACUCACCGUGCGUGGACAGACUUUGUCAGCCUAAAUUCACCAUAACCGAUGACAGUGGCCAAUGCGCCGAUGAUGGAAUGACGAAUGACAUGACGAACACGGCUCUCUACAUGCACAACUACUACAGAGGGCUACUGGGCACAGGAUGGGCAGAAGAUAAAAUUAGUACGUACGCCCCUCUUGCAAAGGCGAUGCCUCAGUUGAAAUACCAAUGUGACACUAUUGCUAAAGAAGCGAAAGAUAGAGCUCAGGCUUGUGAAGAAACUCCUGCUGCUCCAACUGCGCCACGCUCUCAGAAUUACCUAGUAAUUAAAGACCUAAGCAUGGACAAAGAAGAAGCUCUUGAGAAGGCAAUUUCCACAUGGUGGGAAGAACUUGCUGACAUAGGCGUUGGUAGCGAUACCACUUACACUGGGAAGAUAGCGAAAACACUUACGUUUUAUUCUAAUAUGGCUUAUGAUCAGACAACACAGAUUGGAUGCAGUGUUGAGAAAUGCACGAAAAAAGGAUUCAUUCUGGUUGUUUGCCAGUAUGAUAAGAAAAUUAGCGAAGGAGAAAAGAUCUACGAGACCGCGAAGAGUGGCGAAAAAGCGUGUUCGGGCUGCAGUGGCAAGAAAUGCGGAACUGUGGAAGGAUUGUGCGCUGCUGCUCCAUGA